AUGGUUUCACAGCAGAUUGAGGCCAUUACGGUGUUGGCCAAGCUUCCGCAUCAGAAGGACGAAGUCCGGCUGAAGUUGGUCAAAUCUUCUAAAGUGCAGAUUUUGAACAAUGCUUUGCAGUUUUCGUCUUCCAAAUGCCUGACAAACCUGGAGUUUUAUGCCAAUGGACGGAAACUUGCUGGAGAAGAACCUCUCUUGGACCUGGCUACUGACGAUCUCAUCAAAUUGGACGUGAAGUACAAGGCUUACACCACUAGAGAUGCAUUGAGACACAUUGCGGCCGUUCGUGAUACCAUUGGGUUUUCUACUGAAACCCAAGAUGGGAUUUCGGAUUUUGCAGUAUCGACAGGCAAUCAGUUUUGCGAUAUGCCUUUUGAGGCCGUCAAGACUGCCGAUUCAAAAAUUGAAGAUGCCCAAGCAGGGUCUACAGCAUUCGAUUUAUCCACAGAAGAGGCACAGAGGUUCCAACAAACGGUGAGAGAAGUCCUGAACAAAUCCAGAUCGAUCAAGGAGAUCAUGACAACCAGAUCGUCGAUUAUAGCACCUUGCGUUCGUUCUUUGCAACUCUCCAGCUAUAACCCAGUUCCUGCAUUUCACAAGUCCAAGGGGCAUCUGUUAUAUCUGCAAAUUGCCACUUUGGAAGGGGAGUCCUUCCAUGUCACGGUCACGACCGGUGGGUUUUACGUCAGCAAAUCUACUGCCAAUAAGUUCGACCCAGCACGCAGAGAUGAGAACUCCAAGUCUUUUGUUUCGUUGAUAGAUCUAAUUUCUUCGCACUCCAAAAACUUUGGUGAACAUCUCAAACGCCUAGGCCAAAGAGUGAGCGCGGUGGACUCUGUAGCUCAUGCCAGACCAUCUACAACUUUCUUGUCCAAGCCAUGGAUGGUUUCAACCUCGCUCAACUCCACAGGUGACUAUUCCCGCUUUCAAUUGAACGAAAGUGAUCUCAACACGGAAAGGAAUUUCAACGAUGAAUUUCAAGCCAUCAAGGAUAUGACUUCCAGCGACUUCCAGUCCAUUAUUGAUAGUGAAAAAUUGACAGCCAAAGUUUACCACGAAUUUACCGAAACUGCUGUACAAGAUGCCAUGUCUAUUGUCAGUCACGACCUUGUGCCCAUGAAUCCCGAAGCACCAACACACGAGCAGAUCUUUUUGAAAAAUAACAUAUUUUACUCAUACGUGGCCGAUGUAAAUGGCAGCUACACAUCAAUCGGUGGGGACGCUGCCGCUUUUGCAGCGUCAAAUCAAGAUCUACAGACCGUCAGAGUUUUGCAACGUAUCUCCAUGUCAGAAAUCCACUACUUGCUAUGUGCUGUUGUGGACUUUGGUGGUCGCAGAGUUCUAGCACAAACACCCGUCCCAGGGCUUUUGAGUGCUAUGGGUUCAGUCACCAAGAUUGACCCUGAAUCUGGCGAGGCUGCGACCGAAGAUUUGAACUCUGAUGUCAAUGUCGUGUAUGGUCUCGAGGAAUCGACGGGCGAAAUUCUUUACGACCAAGAAUUUGAUGACGCUCUCGAAUCCUUUGCGCAGCUUUUACACCUCAAGAAACACAAAGUUGGGGAGUCCGAAAUCAAGAUCUCUUCGCAUUCCAAGGGUAUCGUUGGUGCUGAUAAGCGUAAAUACAUUCUGGAUCUCGCCAACUCUCAUCCUCUCGACGUAAACUUUGUCAGAAAAUUCUAUGACGGAAUUGAGGAAGAUCAACGCUAUCCACACAGACAAACAUUAAUCAGAAAUGACCUCGUCGACAAGUGGUGGGCAAACAAAAUCGAGGCUGCCGGUGUCACUUUCGAAAAGGCAUUCGAAGAUAAAAUGUUUGCGUUUAACCCUGAUGCUUAUGUAGCUCAAGGAGUUGAGGAUUCAUUGGUUGAAGAGAUAUCCAACUAUCUGACAAACGAUGUUAUAACUGAGGUAGUGAAGGAAUAUGCUCUGGGAAAUACGUCUGCGCCAUACGAUGGGGAUCAUUUAACAGACUCUUUACACAAGAACGGUAUCAAUAUGCGUUACCUCGGCCACAUCGUUGAAUUGGCAGAGAACGAGCUGAAGGAGCAAGAAGAGAAGCGCAAGGCGAGACUAGCGGAGGUGGAGACCGGCAACCAAGAAUAUGAGAAAUGGGAAAAGGAAUAUUUGAUUAAAGUCGAACAACAAAUCAAGGAUAGACAAGCCAAGAUCAACAAGUUGGUAGGGGAAGGGAAGGACAUUCCCGAAGAACUCAAGGGAGAUUUGAAGCUUGAUGAAACCGAGAUCAGAAAGCCCACAAAGAGCGAACCUGUUGUAGUCAAUCGCGACCAUUUACAAUGCUUGAUUCAUGUGAGUCAUUUGGAGAUUGCCGCUAGAUCCUUCAAGCAUGUCUUCCGCAAUUUUGCUAGAGAUCUUCCCGUUCCGGUAAUUUCUAGCUUGGUUGCCUACUUUUUCAAUCUUCUAUUUGGAUAUCGUUAUAACGGCGCACCUCAAUCAGAGAUCUUAGACGAACACUUCUCUCAAACCGAAUUCAAGUUCUCGAAAAUUUCCCGCGCUCAAUUGUUCGGAUUUGUGAAGGAGCAGGCACGUAAAAGAUUUCGUUUCGAUCUCUCGGAUAAUAUUUUAGAAGGUUUGUGCGAGCAACCAUUCCCGUUGAUGAGAGCGAUUUCUAAAAAAUUUGGUGUUCAGUUGUUGAACAGAGACUAUUUCUUCACCGUGGAUGAAUUUGAGAGUUUCAAACAGUCACAGGAUAAGAAGGUCAGAAGUAAGUUAGUGGCUCCCGCGCAUACUUUUUCCCCUCACGACCUGGCAGUCAUUCCUAUCAUAAAAGAUGGCCAAUACCAGUCUUUAUCAGGAGAUAAUUUUUGGACGCAGGGCACUAACUUGUUGAACGAAAAGCAGGACGACGCAGUUGUUCUUUUAAAUCAAGCUUUGACCAUCAAAGAAGAGGUCAACGGAAUUGUGCACCCAUCGGUCGCUGAAUCAUACAUGGCGCUUUCCACGGUCUACCACACUUUGAAUAAGCUCCCUGAAGCCGUUUCUUUCUGUCGCAAGGCUUGCAUUAUAUAUGAAAGAACAAAGGGUGCAGACUCCUUUGAACUUAUUCGGUGCUUGACUAAUUUGGCCAUCUUAGAAGUCAGUAACAAAAAUCCUUACAAUGGUGCUUGCGCACUGAAACGUGUGGUCAGCACCGUUAAUGCCUUGAGUCUAGCUGUACACCCUGCCAUCAUAAACGCUUACACGAUGUUGCAACAGGCCUCUUUAGCUUCCAAGAACGCUCCUUUGGCAAUUGAGGUCAUGAAGAAAUUAUCGGCCACUAUACUGAAAAUCGAAGAUGGAAACCACUCAAUUGCAUAUGGGUACAACCAAUCUCGUAUUGGCGACCUCUGCGUGACUUUAAAAGAUUACACCAGUUCUCUUAAAGCCAUUUCCGAGGCAGAAGUUGUUUUUACCAGAGAGCUAGGAUUGAACGAUGAAACUACAGCGCAAUGUAAGCAAUGGGUGACAGGCUUGCGAAAUGUGCUUCAACACCAAAAGCAGCAGCAAAACUUGACUCAAACACAAGAUGCUGUCAACGCGGGGUCCCCACCCACCACCUCCAAAAAUUCUAAGGCUUCAAAGGCGGCCAAGAACGAUCACAAGUCAAACCCGGAGUUAGCCAAUAAGUCUGUCGACGAGCUUUUGAAUUUCAUCGAGGGUGGCUCUGCCAAAAAGUCGAAAGCAGGGAAGAAGAAAUCCAAAAAAUAG